AGCGAAAACUGCAACAUUUGAACUCGUUUCAGGGGAAGAAGAAGAAACGCUGUCUAGGGUUUUGCGUUUGAUUUGCGUUUUCGUUUCACACUGCGAAAGACAAGAAUCAGAAAAAUGAUGAACGCUGAUCCUUCUCUCCCUAUGUUAACAACCGAACAGAUUCAAAAGUGCUUGGAGGAGAAUAAGGAGUUGAUAUUGGCAAUACUGGAAGGUCAAAACCAGGGGAAAUAUGGCGAGAUUGCCCCAUAUCAAGCCAAGCUUCAGCAGAACCUGACUUUUCUCGCCAAACUUGCUGAUGUUGGGCCCCAGGCUGGUCCUCAGGCACAAACACAUUCUCAGGGGCAAGGGAUGCAGCAACAGCAGCAGCAGCAGCAGCAACCUCAAGUAGCAAUGUCCCAGCAACGACCGGACUUCUCUUCUGUAAACCCGGGUUUCGAUAUGAACGAGCAGCAGCAACAACAACAACAACAGUUCGCGAUGUCUUUACAACAGCCUGAUCUUUCAACUUCAAAGUUGGGUUUCCAAAUGAAUGAGCAGCACUCUAAGCAACCAAAUUUCUUCCAACAGCGUCAACUUUUUCCCUGAAGGCAUGAAUAGCCUUACUGGUUCUAACAACAUUGGCAUGCAAACAAGAAUCCUGGUUCUUUCAACUUCAGAUGUAGGUCCUAGUUGGUCUUAGUAGUAGUUAACAUUUUGGAUCCUGUGAAAAACUGGAUGUAUACAAAACCAUGAAAAUGUUGUUCAACUUUUAGCCGUCAAAUUUUUCGCUAAUAUCAAAAUGAAAAUGUUUUAUUU